AUGGUCAAACUGCCGUCCGCGCGGCAAGCUCGUAUAGGUCUCCUGCUGCUUGCAGCAUUCCACCAGCUCCGAGUGAGGACCCACGUCGUGCACCGCGAUGUUCUCGAAGCUGUGCAUACGGAGAUAUGGCGGAUCUUGCAGCUCGUCGACACGCUGCAUGCGCACGCCCAUGAGCACGUCGAAUAUGACGGCUUCGCGGAGCCCAGAGACGAUCAGGGAGGAUUAGACGAAGCGGUAGGCGUGGGUGUCGAACGGGGUGUGCAGGAGAAGCCACGGCCGGAAGUGUGCGCGCGACGCGGGAUAGAGGGCGCAAGCACGCGCGUAGGCGUCGAGUUGGCGGGAAUCAGGAAGCGAGAGCGCAGGUGGCGGAGAUGUAUCGUACUCGCUGGCAAUGCCCCAGACCUCCUUUGA